AUGACGAUGUUAUCAGUAUUAUUUUAUGUGUUUACGUUUAUGGUAGCUGUUAAUGGUCAGUUUGGAACCGUAUCCAUUAGCGUCGAUAUGAAUCCGCCAGCAGAAGUAAUGUCCGAUCACAAAUGUCCCGCAAAUAUGUCAUGUGUACCAGUAAGCUCAUGUCCGUUACUAGAAGAUCUAAUGGAUUACUCAUGUUUUACUUCAGAUAAGUACUUCCACCGUUUGAAUUCGUUAUCUUGUGGUCACAUGAAUAAUGAAGACUAUGUAUGCUGUCCAUCUUGCGAGUGCGCGAAGGUAUAUGCACCGGGUACACCUCAGUGCGGGAAAAGUAUGGUAAACGGAAUAGAUUAUAAUGACCUUGGGGCUCAUCCAUGGGUGGCUAGGAUAGGCUUUACAAAUAAAGAUACGGGAAAUGUAAGGUUUGCUUGCAGCGGUUCAAUCAUAUCUAAGCGUGUAGUUCUUACAGCCGCACAUUGCGCUCUGGCCAAACCAGAAGGAUAUAAAUUGUCAACAGUCGUAAUAGGUGAAUGGGAUAUAAGCCGUAGUCCUGAUUGUAAUGAAUACUUCUGCGCGCCAGCAACUCAGGCAAUUAAAGUAGAGAGUGUAGUCGUGCAUCCUGGAUAUGAACAGAAGAUAUUUCGACAUGACAUCGCUAUGAUCGUUUUGAAAAACGACAUCAAAUAUUCUGUAACCGCCGCGCCGAUCUGUUUGAAUGAUAAGCCGGAAAUAGUGAUCAACGAGCGCGCUUCGCUGGUCGGCUGGGGAAAACUGUCAGGGCAAAACAACUUGAUCGGUCGUCAGCAACAAUUGCGCGUGCCUCUUGUGCCUUUAGAGACAUGUGAACGUAUUUUUGGUGAGUCAGUGCCUAUAAAUGAGAGCCAGCUAUGCGCUGGUGGAGAAGAAGGAAAAGAUGCUUGCUCUGGUUUCGGCGGGGCUCCUCUCAUUAUAAGUAAAGACGGCCAAUAUUAUCAGGUUGGGAUAGUAUCUUUUGGAUCUGAAAAUUGUGGCAGCGAAGGUAUUCCCAGCGUGUACACGAGCAUUGCCCACUAUAAUAAGUGGAUAGUGGAAAAUAUGCCAUCG